AUGAGCAGCGUGUGUGUUGUUAUGCAGAUUUACAUGGCUUGCAGGCAGAUGCAAGUUUCUGGACCAGAUCAGUGUGGCACAGCAGCACUCCUUAAUCUUCUUAACCACUUCAGAGAUAUGAAUCAGCGGAAGGUCACAGAGCUAAAACUGACGAGACUAGUUCCAAGGAGUCCUCUCUUCUUUCUUAGCACAUGGUAUUGUGUAGGCAAGAGCACCAACUCCAUUUGCUCAGGAGUCGGAACGACUCCCUGCCUGCCUGCGUUCGUCCUGCUCUUGGGUGAGCCCCUCCGCAUGCCACUUGGAGGUUCGUUUGGUGUAGAGUGGCUGUGGCCAUGUUGUGGCAUUGCUGUUUCUCCUCCUCCUUUUCAGGUGAUUAAAUGUUGCAAUGAGCUAAUGCUUUCUUCAGAAGUUAGAAUUUCUUCUCCCUGGUUGGAGGAGUUUGGGAAGAAGACUUUGGACUUACUAAAUGAAUUCCAGACAGUGCCAGAGGCUGGAUCUGCUAGUACAGCUAUUAAAAAAAAGAAAAAAAGAGGGGGAAGUUGCUCACACCUCGAACAGCUUCUGUCAUCAGAUUGGGCUGUCCAUGUACAAGAGGGAGCAGGGCAGCUGGAUGAACUGGAAGAAGAGAUGGAAAGGUUUUUGACUUUUGCCCAAAUAAAGGAAAUGAAGCAGGAAUUACUGAAGGACAAACUUCAAGAGGUCUAUCUUCUGGUAGAAGAGCAGGAAAGGCUGUCUGAAAAAUUACUAUAG